CCUCUUCCAUCUGCACCUGCAGUUGUCCUUGAGCUGCCCGAGCUGCUGGCCAUUGCUGGGGGCUAUGCCCAGCAGUACAAAGCCGUGCAGCUGCACCUGCACUGGGGUUCUCCGUCAGGACCUGGCUCGGAGCACACCGUCAAUAACCACUGCUUCCCCGCAGAGAUCCACAUGGUCCACUACAACACCAAGUAUAACAACUUUAAGGAGGCCAUGGUCCACCCCAAUGGCCUGGUAGUGCUGGGAGCCUUCCUGGAGGUUGGGCCCAGGGAGAAUCUGUACUAUCGGCAGAUACUUGAGCACCUGUACAGAAUUGAAGGAGAAGAUGAAGAGGUCUUUGUGCCUGGAUUCAACAUCGCAGGCCUGCUGCCCUCCAACCUGAACCUCUACUUAUGCUACAAUGGCUCUCUGACCACCCGUCCCUGCUACCAGACGUUGAAGUGGACGGUCUUCAACCAGACCGUGCAGCUCUCUCAAGAUCAGAUCUCCCAGCUGGUGACAACCCUGAGAGGGGAUGAUGACAGCCCCCUGCAGGACAAUUUCCGAGGGAUUCAGAAGCUGCACGGGCGACAUGUGCUGGCAAGUUUCCAGACCACCCUCUGGUUGGUGAAGCAGCUGCCUCCUGGUAAGGAGAGCAUGGAUGUGGGACAUGCUCUGCUUGUCAGUGCAGGAAAACACAGCAGCUCAUUCCAGGCAGGGGACGUGCUGGCCGUGCUCUUCGGGGUGCUCUUUGCUGUCACAGCACUGGCCUUCCUGCUCUACAUCCACAAGCACCGCAGCCAGAACACACGGCUGGACAAUCUGACUAAAUCCAAGGUCAUCUACACAGCAGCCACCACAAACGAGAACACAGUGUGA